AUGCUGCUUGUGUUUUUAUGUUUACGAAAGCAGUAAAGGUGAAAUUUCUUUGAGGAUUCGGAGAACUGGGAUACAAUUGCAAAACGAAGUGUAUCCCCAGUGAAUAGAAGCCAAUACUGUAAAGCCUAAGGACGGCGGGUGAGGCGAAGAAAGCGAAGCCUCUGGCCUCAGGGCAGGCAGUCUUGCAACCAAUUCAGCUGAGAGCAAGAAUGACUGAAAUUGAUGAUUCUUUGUACAGUCGCCAGCGCUAUGUCCUGGGUGACAGUGCCAUGUUACGCAUGGCUCGCUGCAAUGUAUUCAUCAGCGGCAUGACUGGGCUAGGUGUUGAGACAGCAAAGAAUGUUAUCCUUGCUGGUGUUCGUAGUGUUACGGUACACGACACACAAACAGCAUGUGUCUCUGAUCUGGCCACUAAUUUCUUUCUGCGACACGAAGACACCUUGAAUGGGGGUUCUAACCGCGCCUCGGCUUGCUUACCUCGCUUAGCGGAGCUGAACCCGUAUGUGUCGGUGGUGUCUUCUUCAUCACCGUUGACCGGCGACAGUCUUAGCCAGCUGGACGAUUUUCAGUGUGUUAUACUGGUGGAUGCCACACAUUCUCUUUCCCUGCUCGUUGAUGAGUACUGUCGCAAUCAUUCGCCACCUAUCAAGUUCAUCUGUGGCAGUGUCCGCGGUGUGUUUGGGUCCGUAUUCUGCGAUUUCGGUGACAGCUUUGAGGUCGCCGACUACAAUGAUGAAGAGCCCGUGGAAGGUUUCGUUGGUGGCAUCACAAAGGCUAACCCAGGUGUUGUGAGCUGCUUGGAAAAUCAAAUUCAUGGUCUUGAGAGCGGUAUGCAUGUGCGCUUCUCCGAAGUGAAUGGCAUGACAGCGCUUAAUGGCAACUGCUACGAAGUCAAAGUCCUGUCACCGCGUGAAUUUCGAAUUGGCGAUACGAGUGGGGAAGAAUUUGCCUCCCAUGCGCAUGGUGGCAUAUUUCGACAAGUGAAGAUGCCGCAGACAGUUAAUUUUGAGUCCUUGGAAAAGCAGCUUUGCAAGCCGGAUUGCAUUAUUCCAGAUUUCUGCAAGCCCGAGGCAUCCACCCAGAUCCACGUGGCUAUGCUGGCGUUGGAACAGUUCCGUGCAGACAAUGGUGCUCUUCCCAAGGCAUGGUGUCAGGAUGACAGUGACAAGCUUGUGGAAUGUGCUGCCCGUGUCUCGUCUUCGAAUUCUGAUUUGGCGGCUUGUUUGAAUGAAGAUGUAGUGCGUGAUUUAUCCUACACAUCAUCGGGAUGCUUUGCUCCGCUAUGUGCUUCACUUGGCGGCUUUCUCGCUCAGGAGGUUCUGAAAUCUGUUUCAGGAAAAUUUAUGCCACUCAAACAACUGCUGUACAUUGACACCCGUGAAGUUCUACCUCAGCCUCGACCAACCAAAGACCUGGCUUCUGAGUAUUGCCAGCCACGAGCUGAUCGCUAUGACCCACUGAGGGUUUGUGUAGGGAACAAGGUUGUGGACAAGCUGUCCAAUCUUCGCCUCUUCAUGGUGGGCUGCGGUGCCAUCGGCUGUGAGAUGUUGAAGAAUUAUGCCAUGCUGGGCGUAGGCCAUGCUUCACAAGGUUUGAUAACGAUCACGGACAAUGACCUCAUUGAGAAAUCCAAUCUGAAUCGUCAGUUUCUCUUCCGACCGCGCCAUAUCCAGAAACCAAAGUCCACAACGGCAGCGGCAUCGGUCACUGAGAUCAACCCAGAUUUGCGCAUCGAUGCCCAUCAGGAAAAAGUUGGCCCGCAAACAGAGAAGACACACUAUCCAGACGAUUUCUUUCAAAGGCAAGAUGUCUGCGUUAAUGCUUUGGACAACGUGGAAGCACGACGCUACAUGGAUAGCCGUUGUGUGGGGAAUGCGAAAGCUCUGCUUGAAAGUGGAACUCUUGGUGCCAAGGGUCAUAUCCAGGUCAUUGUUCCUCACAUGACGGAGUCCUACUCCAGUCAGGCUGAUCCACCAUCCAAAGAUGUUCCAUACUGCACGUUGAAGUCUUUCCCUGCUAGUAUCGAGCACACGAUCCAGUGGGCUAGAGAUAAGUUUGAGACAGCAUUCACACAGAAGCCUGGCAUGUUCAGUCGCUUCUGGCAAGUGAACAAAUCACCAGACGACGUGCUGAAGGUGCUGCUAAACAACUCUAUUCCUGAGAACGCACUGCCUGCCACAAGGUUAUUGUGUAAUCGACCAUCUACAUGGUCACAGUGUGCAGCUCAGGCAAGGAUCAAGUUUGAAAAACUCUUCAACCAUCAGCCUAGAGACCUGCUGUCCGCAUUUCCUCUGGACACAACUAUGACAGAUGGAACUCUAUUCUGGCAGUCUCCGAAGCGCCCACCAACUCCACUCAACUUUGAUGUAGAGAAUGAACUGCAUAUGCAGUUUGUCACCAGCUACGCAUGCUUGCGGGCCAACGUUUGUGCAGUCAGCUACUCGACAGAGGACUUGGAGUCCGCUAGUCUGCACUCGUUGCUCAAAGAAGUGUCUGUCCCAGAAUUCCGUCCCUCUGGAAAGAAAAUCGAGACCGAUGAGAAGGCUGCUGCUCCUGCCGAGACCGAUGUGACUGAAGAUGCAAUUGAGAAAUCUACAUCUAACUUGGCCAGCUUUCUGCGCAAAGUCGAUAUCAAGCCGGACAUGCUGCGGAUGUGCCCGGAGGCGUUUGAAAAGGAUGAUGACUCCAAUCAUCAUAUUGAUUUCAUUACGGCUACUUCUAAUCUCCGUGCCGAAGUGUACAGUAUUGCUCCUGUGGAUCGCCUCAAGACUAAGCUCAUUGCUGGCCGCAUUGUUCCUGCCAUUGCCACUACUACUGCGGCCGUUGCAGGAUUGGUAACGAUCGAGCUGGUCAAAGUUGCAAUGGGUCUGGAGAUGUCAUCAUAUCGCAACGGUUUUCUCAAUCUUGCUAUCCCCGCCAUCAUCCUGUCGGAACCAGCCGCGGCCCUACGCAAUCAAGUCAUGCCAGGAGUAUACACAACCUUGUGGGAUAAAUGGGAGAUCCAGGGCAGCAGCACAAUGACUUUGCAGGAACUCAUGUCACAAGUGAAGGCCAAGUUUGGCUUAGAACCCACGAUGCUGGUGCAUGGAGUGAAGAUGGUUUACGUUCCGGUCAUGCCAGGACACAAGAAACGACUCACUCAACCUGUGGAGAAGUAUGUCAAGCGCAGCGGUGACGAUGAGUAUACAGAUUUGACAGUGGCUUUCUGUGGGCCAGAUCAAGAAGAUGUUACUGGUCCACCAGUGCGCUAUGUAUUCCAUGCCUAGUCACAACACCGGCAGCAAGUGCUGUAUGCCGGCGGCACUUUAGUGAUGGACAGAGUUCCCUGCUGUAAGUACCCCCCCCCCCCCUCCCCUCCACCAGUGUGUGCACUGCAGCAGUAGCAACAGUAGCAGCAGCGCCACCACCACCAGCAGUAGCAACAGUAGCAACAGCAUCAUCAUUGUCAACGGCUAUAACAAAUUGGGAAGCAUCGAUCAGUGUAUGGGCAGCAUCAACAACGGCUAUGAAAAUUGGUGAAGCAUCGAUCGGUGUGUGAUGGUCAACUUGCAUUUUGCGACGACAGGCAACCGUGUUCACUUGUACAGCAACUUUGCGACGAAUGGCAAUAAUGUAAUUCAGUACAUCCCAAUUUAGGAAAUAUUGGUCUUUUUGUUGUGUUCCAUUGUUGUUGUGUUCCAUGUGAAUUUUCUCUUCUUCCCCCCCCCCCCCCCCCCCUCAUUGUGUUUAACCAUUCCCAAUGUACAAGCCUAGCACUUCCUUAUUUUCAUUAUUUUGCUUUUAUUCCCUGUCUGCCUCUCUUCUGGGCGGCACAUUACAUUUGUACUCUUAUUUUUGGUAGCUCAAACCA